UCGUUUAUUCCCCUCUCCCGAUCUCUCUUUUGCUCGCCGGAAACCGCCCUGCUACCGUCGGCCUUUCCACUUCAUACGAAUAUAGUUUCGUCAUUUAUUCUUGGAGUGUUCUGAAAAGAGAUCAGAAAAAUGGCAUACAAUCUCCAAUCCCUCAUCACCAUCCUACAGCAAAUCCUUCAUCCUGAGCAAACACGCUGGACUUUUGAUCAUAACAAACCACAACUCGAAUCCCUGCUCGAAAAGGCUGAAUCUCUGCUGCAGCAGAUUCUUGAAAAGUCUUCACCCAACAACGUAAUAGAAAGUUUGGAGAGCCGAAUCAGAUAUGCAGCCUAUAAAGCGGAAGAUGUUAUUGAAUCUUGCAUGGUUCAUCAAAUGCUUUCAACCCCACAAGGCGUGGAUAAAUCUCUCGUAUUGUUUUCUUUCUUCACACCAUACCUAGAACAAGUUAUUCAACAACUUGAUCUGCAGCAAGAUCUGGAGCGAGUAACUCAAGAGCUGGAUUUUGCAAUGGAACAAGUGGUGAAGCUCAUGGAGGGGACGGCGGUGUUAGGUGGCAGUGGUCUAAGACCAGAUGUGCAGCAAGCAGCCCAGAAACUUGAAUCUGUGAAGCUCAUGGAGGUGGAGGAAAAGAAGAUGCGGACUCGUGCUCCUUUCUCGAGCUCCAAGAACGAUUUGGUGGGUGUUGACGAUGAACUACUGCAUUUGAAGGAUCGUCUUACAAAUAUGGGGACCAAGAUGGAGAUCAUCUCCAUAGUUGGCAUGGGUGGAACAGGUAAGUCCACUCUUGCUCGAAAUCUUUACGACGAUCCUCUCAUUAUUAGUCACUUUGAUUACCGUGGUUGGGCCACAAUUUCACAUGAUCCCAUUAUACGAGAAGUCGUAUGGAGUCUUCUUCAUGGCCCAAAUAAAAAGAUCAGGGAUGAACUAAUUGAAUGCAACAUCGAUGAGUUGAAAACCAACUUGUAUAAGAGAUUGUUAGGGCGAAGGUACAUGAUUGUGUUAGAUGAUACAUGGAGCACCAAGGUCUGGGAUGAGAUAAGGAUGUGCUUUCCAGAUGACAACAACGGGAGUCGAAUUGUGCUCACCACCAGGAUGACUGAUUUAGCUAGAUAUGUUUCAAAUGAAAAUGAUUGCUUAGUGUUAAAUUUCUUGAUGAGUCUGCGAAUUGGGAUCUAUUUUGCCAAAUUGUGUUUGGAGAAGAGGAUUGCCCUCUUGAAUUAGAAGAGAUAGGAAAGAACAUUGCAAGAAAUUGCAGUGGGCUUCCUCUUUCAGUUCAUGUGAUUGGAGGGUUGUUGUCAAAGGUUGAAAGAUCAAAAGGUGUGUGGGAGCAUAUUUCAACAGAUGUAGUAUCUUCAAUUGUUGAAUCAGAUGGGCGGAUCUUCAACAUACUUUCCUCGAGUUAUAACUACUUACCAAUUUACUUGAAACCAUGUUUCUUAUACAUGGGAGCUUUUCUAGACGGUUAUGAGAUUAAGGGAUCUAGACUUAUGAGUCUAUGGAUAGCUCAUGGAUUUGUUAAAUCUAAUGGAGAUAAGAGUCUGGAGGAAGAGGCUGAGGACUACUUAAAAGCUCUUGUGGACAGGAAUCUACUUUCUGUUACACGAAAAAAGUCCAAUGGCAAACCAUUGAGUUAUUCAAUCCAUGAUCUAUAGUGGGAUGUAUGCAGAAGGAAAGCUGACGAGGAAAAGUUUCAUUGUGUAAGUUUUCAGCCAGGGUGUGAAGUUGAAGAUGAGUAUGGAUGGCCAGAAUUGUUGCCAUUUAUUCGAUCUUUCAUAAACACUUGGAAGAGUAUUAAUUUUCCUAUGUUUUCCAGAUUAAGAUUGCUUAGGGUGCUAGAUGUAAUGAGAAUGGUAUUCAAGGAGUUCCCAAGAGAAAUAUUACAACUCGUCAACCUACGCUACUUAGCGUUCUCAUGCACUUCAAGGUUACCUAUUGGAAUAUCAAGAUUGUGGUAUCUGCAAACCUUGAUUUCUGCACAAUAUGUGCCUUCUGUGCCAUCUGAAUUAUGGGAAAUAUCUGAGUUAAGACAUCUCAAGUUGAUUACAAAACUCAAAAUCAAGGAGACAACAUUUGUUCAUAAGAAGCUGCAGACGCUUUCCUGUGUGUGGGUAAUUCCUUCACUAAUUAGGAGUGGUUUUUUCCAAACAAUUCCAAAUAUCAGAAAGUUGGGAAUCUAUUAUGAAGACUCACCAGAGAUUGAAAUUGAUCUUAGCCAUCUUCACAAACUCGAAAAAUUAAAGUGUCAGUCAGCAUUGGAUAAUGAUGGUAGCCGCGUUUUGCACAAACUCAGAUUUCCAUGCUAUAUUGGAAAAUUAACUCUAGUUGGCUGUGUAGUAUUUCGGACUUUGUUGACAACUCUAUGUGCUCUACCGAAUCUGGGAGUGCUCAAAAUAGAGGCUUGUGUCUUUGAAAGCGAGGUAGAGGAAGAGGAAGAGGAAGAGUGGGAGGCGACAGAAGGAGAUGAAUUCCGCUCACUGCAGUAUCUAUGUCUCAAAGACUUAAAUCUGGUGCGUUGGAAAGCCGUUGAGACCAACUUCCCUAGACUUCGGAAUCUGAUUGUGAAAGGAUGCUAUAAGCUAGAGUAUAUCCCAAGCAACAUUGGAGAUAUCCCAACUCUCCAAGAAAUUAGCAUAUAUCGAUGUGGCGCUUCUGUAGUAGCCUCAGCACAACAAAUUCAGAAGGUGCAGCAAGAGGAGUACGACAACUACGACCUCAGGGUGGUUAUAACAGAUUAGAAGCCAAAAGUUUCAGCUGCGGCUGUUCUGUUACAUGUCCAGAAUCACCCAGAGACGAUGAAGACGUGAUCAGGGGCUCACUUCGUCUCGACCAAGAUGGAGCACUUAUCCACCGAUCGAGCCGUGACUCUAACUGUGCUUGUUCGCUUAUUUAGUAAGAGUAGUCGAGUCCUUGUGUUUUUAUUUGUUUUCUAUAAUUAAGUUGUAAGCGGGCUUGAAUGUGUUACUUAUAAGCUUCUUCAUUUUCUUUUUCUUUGUUUGGUUGUUUCCCAUGUGUUAAAAAAAUUGUAUUGACUGAUUCAAUUUUUUACUUCUAAGAUAUGACACAUUGACAUGUUCCUUGAUAA